CUGUACUGUGUCCGCAGUCUCUGGUCAUCUCCUGUAGUAUGUCUGCAGUCUCUGGUCAUCUCCUGUAGUAUGUCUGCAGUCUCUGGUCAUCUCCUGUAUAUGUCCGCAGUCUCUGGUCAUCUCCUGUACUGUGUCCGCAGUCUCUGGUCAUCUCCUGUACUGUGUCCGCAGUCUCUGGUCAUCUCCUGUACUGUGUCCGCAGUCUCUGGUCAUCUCCUGUACUGUGUCCGCAGUCUCUGGUCAUCUCCUGUACUGUGUCCGCAGUCUCUGGUCAUCUCCUGUACUGUGUCCGCAGUCUCUGGUCAUCUCCUGUACUGUGUCCGCAGUCUCUGGUCAUCUCCUGUACUGUGUCCGCCGCAGUCUCUGGUCAUCUCCUGUACUGUGUCUGCAGUCUCUGGUCAUCUGUAGUAUGUCCGCAGUCUCUGGUCAUCUCCUGUACUAUGUCCGCAGUCUCUGGUCAUCUCCU